AUGCAUUUCUUGAGCCUCAGUCUCCUACUUUUGCCCUUUGCGGCCGCAAGCCCCCUUCCACAGGAGAACAAAGACAUCAUUCCUGGCCAAUACAUUGUCACUUUGAAAGAUGGCCUGACAGCGGCAGAAAUCGAGUCGCACAGAUCAUGGGUCACCACCAUGCACAGAUCCAACCUUGCCGCGACUGGCCUUAGUGGAAUAGAGUCAGAGGGCAUUCACGGUCAUUUCCAGAUCAACAAACUGAAUCUGUACUCUGGAGGUUUUGACAAGAAGACUGUGGAAGAACUCAAGCGCAGCCCAUAUGUCAAAUCCGUCCUCCCAGACCAAAAGGUGUACCUUGCAGAGACUGUUACGCAGUCGAAUGCAAUUUGGAACCUUGGGCAUAUGUCAAACAAAGGAAAGGAAAGUGAGUCUUGGGACUCACUCACAGAGUACAAGUAUGACAGUGCUGCUGGCGAAGGAGUUUGGGCCUAUGUCCUAGAUACUGGAAUCAAUGUCAACCACGUCGAAUUUGAGGGACGAGCAAUUCUGGGACGAAAUGCCAUCACAAACAAGCCCCAUCUGGAUACCUUUGGGCAUGGCACAUAUGUCGGCGGCAUCAUUGCUGCAAAGACUUUUGGCGUUGCAAAAAAAGCUAAUGUCGUGUCUGCAAAGGCCUUUGAUGGUGGAUCCAGCUCGUACAGAUACAUCUUUGAUGCCUAUGAUUGGAUUGUUAAGAACAUCACCGAUGGUAACCGUCAGUCCAAAUCGGUGAUUAACUUGAGCAUCUGUAAGUCUAGCUUUGGGAUUGAGGCCUCUAGUCUGGACGUUAAUAAGCAUGUGCCUUUAGCUGGUUCCAAAUACCAACCGUUCGACGACGCCAUUGAAAACGCGUUCAAAGCCGGUAUCACAACUGUAGUUGCAUCUGGGAAUGAUGGGAGAGACGCCUCGCAAAACACACCAGCCUCAGCGCCCAAUGCUAUCACCGUAGGCGCCGUUCGCUGGGACAACACCAGGCCCAGCUUCUCCAACUUUGGAAGAGUCGUCGACAUCUUUGCUCCGGGUGAAAUAAUCAAGUCUUGUUGGAUUGGCAGCAAUAGUGCAAUUAGAUACGCAUCCGGGACUUCGGCGGCAAGUCCACAUGUUGCUGGCCUUGUUGCGUAUUUGAUGAGCAUGGAGACGUUCUCCUCUCCAUCGGCAGUGACCGCGAGAGUCCUUGGCCUUACAAUCCCUGACGUGGUCAAGGAUGCGAGAGGGAGCGCGAACAAGCUUGCGUACAAUGGGAUUCAGGAGAGGAGGUAG